GGAAAAGAGAAACAAUCUGUUGUCCUGGCUUAUUGCUAUUCUUCUCGUCUCCUUCUUCAAAAUCACCUUAUCCAUCUCUUCCCUAAAACCCCCAAAAACCCUCCUUUCAAUGCUCACAAAUUUCAAAACCCCAGAAAACCUCCAUUCCUCUUAAGUACCAACUUUAUAAAUGCAAAAAACUUUUUUCUUUUAACACUUCAAAAUAAUGGAGCUCUCCUCUUCUUUCACUCACUUCACAAAAAUAUCUGAAAUUUCUUUCACGUCUUCUUUCUCUCCAUUUGCUCUCCAAAUCCAUCUCAAAAAACCCAUAAAAUUUCCUCCGAAUCUUCGUGUUUUAGCUGUAGCUAUAGACCCACCACAGCCUCAAGAAUUACCACAAAACAGCCCACAAAGACUGCUCAAAGAACUUGCAGAGCGCAAGAAAAUUACUUCUCCUAAGAAAAAAGUACCACCCAAAAGAUUCAUACUGAAACCGCCACUUGAUGACAAGAAACUUGCACAAAGAUUCUUAAAUAGCCCACAAUUAUCACUAAAGCAAUUCCCUUUACUCAGUUCUUGUUUACCCUCUUCGCGCUUAAACAGUGUUGAUAAAACCUGGAUUGAUGAGUACUUGCUUGAAGCUAAACAAGCUUUAGGGUAUUCAUUAGAACCAUCAGAUAAUUUUGGGGAUGAUAAUCCUGCAAAACAGUUUGAUACUUUGUUGUAUUUGGCUUUUCAGCAUCCUAGUUGUGAGAGGACCAAUGCUAGACACGUUAAGUAUGGGCAUUCAAGACUUUGCUUCUUGGGGCAAUAUGUGUUGGAAUUGGCUUUUUGUGAAUUUUUUCUGCAGAGAUAUCCAAGGGAAUCUCCGGCGCCAAUGAGGGAAAGAGUUUUUGCUUUGAUUGGAAAGAGGAAUUUGCCUAAGUGGAUUAAAGCAGCCAGUUUGCAGAACUUAAUUUUCCCUUAUGAUGAUAUUGAUAAGUUGCUUAGGAAAGACAGAGAACCGCCAGUGAAGUCUGUAUUCUGGGCUCUGUUUGGUGCAAUAUAUUUGUGUUUCGGCAUGCCAGAAGUAUACCGAGUUCUUUUUGAAGUGUUUGGGAUGGACCCAGAAGCUGAGGAUUGCCAGCCAAAAUUAAGGAGACAACUUGAAGAUGUAGAUUAUGUUUCUGUGGAAUUUGAAGGAAACAAGCUUAGUUGGCAAGAUGUUGCUGCUUAUAAGCCUCCUGAGGAUGCUCUCUUUGCACACCCAAGACUUUUCAGAGCUUGUGUUCCCCCAGGCAUGCAUCGGUUCCGAGGAAAUAUAUGGGAUUAUGACAGCAGACCGAAAGUCAUGAAAACACUAGGAUAUCCCUUGGCAAUGUCAGACAGAAUUCCAGACAUUACUGAAGCAAGGAAUAUCGAACUUGGACUUGGGUUACAGCUUUGUUUCUUGCAUCCAUCAAAAUACAAAUUUGAGCAUCCUCGGUUUUGCUAUGAAAGAUUAGAAUUUGUUGGCCAAAAGAUCCAGGAUCUUGUGCUGGCUGAGAGGUUGUUGAUGAAGCAUUUAGAUGCUCCUGGGAAGUGGCUACAAGAGAGGCACCGUCGUCUUCUGAUGAACAAAUUCUGCGGGAGGUACUUGAGAGAUAAGCAUUUGCAUCACUUUAUUGUGUACUCUGAGCAGGUUAUAGAUGCAUACGAGAACAAUCGAAGACUCCGAAACCCUGCGACAACUGCUGUUCAACAGGCUCUUCAUGGACUUUCCUACACUGUGUACGGGAAGCCAGACGUUAGACGCCUCAUGUUUGAGGUUUUUGAUUUUGAGCAAAUUCAACCAAAAGCUGUAUAAAAUUUUCACAGUAAGUUGUGCAUUUUCAUCUCCUUUAACUCCGUACGCUUCCACAUGGAAUAUACUUGCAUCAGCCACGCUUGUAGUAAUUGAUGCAACUUUUUCUUAUCA